AUGUACGGCAAGGCCGCUCGCAAGGGCGGGGAUCUACCCUCAGAGUUUGGCGACCUAGGUGGUCAGCAAGCGUUCCCAAAGCGGGAAACAAGUCCGAAAGAUAGGACGAUGCGAAGGGAUAUACCAGAGGCCGUCGGGGACAGCUUUUUCGACGUCGCGGACGAUGCCGACAAACGUUCCCGCAAAGACACUCUGAGGGCUAAACCCAAGAAGACCAAGUCGGAGAAGGGUACAUACCCUGGUUUGCCGCCAUCGGAUCAGCCGGCUCAGUCGAUGAGCCGUAGACUGAAGAAGAAGGCUUCAAAGCUGUUCUCCAAGCCCCGGACGGAGUCGGAACGGCCCGAAUUGCCUACUACAGACUCGACAUCGACCGCUGCCGGUUUAUCGAGAAUGCAAUCCCAGUCAACGGGAACAUCAGGCGAAAGGCGAGAUAGUUUGACGACUACCUCGUCGGAAUUCUCUGUCGCCUCGGCGAAUGAGCCAGUCGCUGGGCCAUCCUCGCAUCUCUCCAUCUCGCCCCCCUCGAGACGCUCUUCGCAUUCGUCCGCUCGAUCGUCGGCCAGGUCUUUCUUUUCCAAAUCCCGUCGCAGCAGUUCCCAGAAGGACGAACCUCCUGCCGUACCUUACAGGCAACAGGGACCAUCACAUCUUCCGCUGGGACAACCUAUUCCUGUAUCUUCCAGCUUGCCUGCAACUCGGAAUCCUCGAGGCAAUUCGCUCAGAGAUUGGGAGCAGGGCGAAGAUUCUGGCACGUUCAGCGACAUCCCCGAGGUCGUUACCACUUCGGCCACGCCAGGGCCAUCAGCUUUACGAUCAAGCGAGACGUAUUCGGGAUAUCCGACCGACGCUCAGCAGCCAGGCAUCGGCGGGAGAGUGUCGAAUUGGUUUGCCAACAUUAUACCGGGUACCGCAGGAACAGGCGGUGUCUCCGGGACCGCCGUUCCAGGCCGGGGUCCGAUCCCGACUUCGGUUUCGGCCCCUGGUCGAGCCUCCUUUUCUUCCAUGCCUGGCGAUUUAACGACUGCAUCUGGGAACAGUCUGACCGCCUCACCGGGUCGGAAGAUGACUUCGACGACAUCCUUCUUACAGGCUGCGAGACAGCGAGCAGCCGGGAUGGGUCGAUGGGUGUUGGAUAGUGAGGCAUUACCCGAAGGUACAGAACCGAUCUGGAUCCUAGGUGUAGAGCAUCGUUACGAGCUCGGCCCUGAGGACCGUUUAGGCGAGGACGCUAGUAACAGUGAGGAAGGUUCUUGGGGGAGGCAGUACGCAAAGACUUCGGGUUCCGCAUCUACGGGGAGUCCCAAAUCGAAACAUCUACAGACGAAACGGGCUGGAUCACCGUCGCCAUCAUCGCUCUCGACGAAUUCUAGCAACUAUUUCAGCAGCAAGACAGGCGUGAACAUCGGAAGUCUUAAUCUUACCUCGUCGCCAGGCAAGAAAGGCAAAGGCAGCGGCACCUCUGAUGGUGACGGCGCUCUCGGUAGUCCGGGCAGGGGCAUGAGGUCGCUCUUGUCCAUGAACAGGGAGAAGGAUAGACAAUCACCGACUGCCCAGAGUUGGCCAGACGAAUUCCUGCAAGACUUUCGCUCGAUCGUCUGGUGCACAUACCGGUCUCAAUACGCACCUAUCUUGUCACUGCCUGCGGACAUGUUCCUGCCAAAUCCGAAAGCAUAUCUAGAGGCACAGCUACCUCCACUUUCGAACGAGCCGCAAGAGAUACUCGUGUCGUCAUCUCAGCCUGGCGUCAACAACGGAAAAUCAAGCUGGUCUUGGGUUUCAAGCGUUGGAGCUGGGAUACUGUCAUCCGGCAACCCGACAGAGAGAGGCCUGACAUCCGAUGCAGGUUGGGGAUGCAUGCUCAGGACUGGGCAAUGUCUACUCGCAAAUAGCCUGAUCCGCCGACAUUUGGGGCGAGACUGGAGACCUAACUCGGAUCGAAUGUCUGAAAUCGCCGAAAACGGAGAAGCUCGACGAGACAGGGCGUCAUAUGUUCAAAUCCUGUCCUGGUUCUUGGACGAUCCCUCUGCGAUCUGCCCCUUUUCGGUUCACCGCAUGGCUCUGAUUGGGAAGCAGCUAGGCAAGGAGAUCGGAGAGUGGUUCGGACCGAGUACUGCUGCAGGAGCCAUCAAGACACUCACGAAUGCUUUCCCGGCUUGUGGCCUCGCUGUAUCUGCGGCGACGGAUGGUAUAAUUUUCCGCUCAGAUGUGUUUGCCGCCUCAAACACGGACGAUGGCGGAUGGAGCCCUGUCAUUCAAGGCUUACCUUGGUCCGAACAAUCUCAUCCCACCGGUGCAGGCUUUGGUUCAAAAGCGGUCCUCGUUCUCGUCAACGUAAGGCUUGGCACGACUGCAGUCAACCCCAUUUAUUAUGACAGCCUGAAAACACUAUUUACGGCACCUCAAACGGUUGGCAUUGCAGGAGGGCGACCCGGAUCCUCGUACUACUUCGUGGGGUACCAGGGUGAUUCGUUGUUCUACUUCGAUCCCCACUUCACACGGCCAGCGGUACCUCUGCACACUCCUUCGGCCGAACGCAAGGUCGGAACACGGACCGAAACUGGCGCCAUCCCCAUAAUCAACGCCACGACCCGAAAUACAGAGCCGGAUGACCAGCCCGAUCUUCGGUCUCGCGAGGACAAUGUAACCUGGCUGACCUCGGCCUACACCCCGGAGCAACUUUCGACUUUCCAUUGCGACCGAGUUCGCAAAAUGCCGAUGUCAAGUCUCGACCCAAGUAUGCUCUUAGGGUUCCUCAUUCAGGAUCACGACGACUGGCAGGACUUCUGUGCGAGGAUGAACAACGUCCGACAUAAAAUCUUUUCCGUGCAAGAUCAACCCAUGUCUUGGAGUGAUGACGAUGACGACCCAGGGAUGGAAUCUUUGUCCGAGACAGACGACGGGUUCAGCCUUGGUUCGAACCGAGGCGCGAAUGACCCUCUACGGUCUGUGCAGCUGGAUCGCGGCGGGUCUAUGGAAUCCGAGUCCGUACCAACGGACGACGAGUCUGACCUGGUCAUCACGGUACCUCCUACCCCAACUCGCCGCCGAUUAAGACCAUCCGCCACUGAAACCACCCUCAACGCCCGAGCCAUGAUGGAUGAUCCAGCGCAACGCAUCACAUCGCCACCAGCUUCCGCCGCAGAGGAGCAGCCACUCUUCGACUCGUCAGCGGUUCUGCUUAUCAAACCCAGCCUCGACGAAGUGACUGUGUUCGACGAAGACAAUGGGGUCAUCGUCAUGUCAGACACUCCACCAAACGACCACGCUAUUUCACGAGCAGCUUCACAAGACGACACCAUAAAGCGAAAGUAAACAGCUACGAUGAUUUUCCUAAUAACGAUAUCUAUACCUUUUUCAAUUCUGAUCUGGUUUAUGUGAACAAUUCUAUGUAACAAUCGAAUUCGAAAGACACACCGUUGUACGCCUCUGAGAUUGCCUGUUGUAUUCAUCCUUUGAUAGUCUAUGACCUCCUGAAGGUGAUAGUCGCAUGCAAUAGUAAAUAUAUAUGUUUAUACAACAAGGA